GACACUGUUAGAUUUUUCCGGUUGUACCUCACGUAUUAACCUCAGCUAGAAUGAAACACAUUAUUACUUCUAAAAAUUAGCUUGAAGUGGACAUUCGUACUUGAUGCCGUCAAUGUUAUUAUUGUGACUUUUUACUACCGAAUAUAUCAAAACCGCCGACUCCCUACUAAAUAAUUAAGAUUGUAUAAUUUAAUGCCUUAAUACAAAAUGUCGUUGAAAUUGUAUACUAGUGCACUGACCCAGUUAAGAAAACUUCUGAGUUUAUCAGAGAGAAUAAGCGGACGUGAAUAUGCCUCUGGCUGGAAGAAAAGAACUUUAAAAAGAGAAAAAAUCAAAGAGACAGUAAUACGAUAUGUAGGAGUUAAUGCAGUCCGGACACAGAGAGUAUAUUUAUGGGGUUGUAGUGCUACUGGAGCUUUAGGUAUUCAGCAAUUUCUACGUCCCAACAGACUGCAAAAACCCAAGUUAAAAGUUCCGUAUCCAACACGACUGAAAUAUAUGAACGAAUAUGACUUUGAGAUCUACGACAUCGCUUGUGGGUAUGGUUUCUCAAUAUUUGCUGUUAAAAAAUCCAAACAACAUUAUCUCUUAGCUACUGGUAUCAACACAGACUCUCAGAUAGGUUUCCAUGAAGAACCUAAAAAUUCUGGAAGAUUAUUAGACUAUGUUAUUGCCCCAUUACCAAUAUCACUACCAUUAAAUGAACCAGAGUUGACUCAAUUUAAAUCUAUAGCUUGUGGUAGAGCUCAUACAGUUAUACUUACACAGGACAAUACAGUGUACAGUUUAGGUAACAAUUCAUAUGGACAGUGUGGUCGAGGAAUUGUACAAGAUGAAGUCUACAGUAAAAGUUCGAGAGUAAAUGUAUUAACAGAUUUACCAGACAAUAUUGUAAAGGUUGAAUGUGGGUCUGACCACACCCUAUUUUUAACGAAGACAGGAGAAGUAUAUAGCUGUGGUCUGGGGGCAGACGGACAAACAGGUCUAGGAAUGUAUAAUAAUCAAGGGACACCACUCAAGUUAGAGGGUGAUAUACAGAAAGAAAAGAUAGUAUCAGUGGCAUCGAAGGGGGAUUGUGUUCUAGCAGUCAGCAAAAAAGGAGAAGUAUUUGGAUGGGGGAAUUCCGAGUAUAAUCAGUUGUCAAUGGUUACCGAGGAAACUCAAGUCAAUGUACCAAGACAUCUUCCCAUAGCUAAAGACUGUGGUAGAAUUAUCCAAGUAGCUGCUGGGGGUUCCAUUUGUGCUGUGUUAAAUGAGCAUGGAGAAGUAUAUGUAUGGGGUUAUGGAAUCUUGGGAAAGGGAUUACAAGUAGAUAUGAGUUUAAUGCCAACUAAAAUUCCCCAAGCAUUGUUUGGAGAAAGUGAGCUGCUGCCAAACAUCAAAGUUACCAACAUUAUCUGUGGUCUGAACCAUUUUGUGGCUUUGACAGAUAAAGGAGAUGUUUAUACCUGGGGUAAAGAUAAAGAUGGUUCACUUGGUUUAGGAGAAUGUAAAAAUCAAUUCUUUCCUCUCAGGGUGGCUCUACCAGCUGAAGCUAAGUCUAUUUACUGUGGAGUAGAUCAUACUGUGACUCUAUGCAGAUCCUUUUGUUAAUAAUACUUACAUUAAU